AUGACAGGACAUACAAACGGGGUGAACGGCAUCGCCGGCUUCCGGAUACUCACAUCCGGGAUCUACGCACCUAUACCAACCUUCUUCAAGCCGGACACAGAGGAUGUCGCCAUCCAUCUUACACAUUCUGAACGUUCCGCCCUCAUCAGGACAGCGCGCAAAACCCUUGACGAUGCUGGCCUAUCGGAUGUACCCGUUAUUGCCGGCACUGGCACGGGCAGCACGCGCGAGACUUUGGAACUUUGUCACGAAGCUGCGGUGUCGGGCGCCGACUUCGCGAUCGUCAUUACGAGCGGAUACUUUGCUGCUACACUCACGAAUGACGCAUUGAAGGCUUACUUCGUAGAAGUAGCGGAGAAGAGCCCGGUUCCGGUUAUCGUUUAUAACUAUCCUGGGGCCAGUGGCGUCAUCGAUCUCGACUCGGACUUGAUCACCGAGCUUGCCGAACAGUGCCCCAACCUUUGUGGCGUUAAGCUCACAUGCGGCAACGUUGGAAAGCUCACAAGAAUUUGUGCGACUGUUUCAGAGAAAGCCUUCACGGCAUCACACCCGCGGGAAAACCCAAAUGCGCCGUUCCUCGUUCUGGGGGGCUUCGCUGACUUCAUCCUCCCCUUGACCGCCGUCAACGGCCACGGUGCCAUCAUCGGCCUCGCGAACGUCGCACCGCACGCCUGUGCAAAAUUGUUUGACAUUUCCGUCGCGUCCCUUUCAGAUCCUUCGUUGCUUCAUGAGGCGCAGCGUCUGCAGGGCAUCGUUGCUCGUGGAGAUUUCACCAUUGCAAAGGCGUCCAUAGCUGGGACUAAGUUCCUGCUCGAGAAGCUCUAUGGCUAUGGUGGCCUUCCCCGCAAACCGCUCCCGCCUAUCAGUCAUGAAGCCGCUCGGGCGCUGUGGGAGCACCCACAUGUGCAAGAACUUAUUGCGACGGAACGAAGCGGGAAGGUUUCUCAGUAG